UGUUACUGUAUAUAGUGAUCUCCAGGUUCUGCUCAUUUUACUCAGCAUCAGUUCAUAAUGGCUGGCACUAUACUUGGAGUGGGUAUAGGAGUAUUCAUCUUAGCACUGCUCUGGGUGUUGGUAUUGCUGCUGUGUGUGCUGUUGUGCAGAGUCUCUGGCUUAGCUAGGUUCUCAGUCAUUUUUGUUUUCCUUGCUGCUUUGAUUAUCACAACAGUUCUAUUGUUCUUUCCUCGGGCCACUGAUAUCCCAGCCCCAAAGGUCGAAAUGAAGAUUGUGGACAAGUUCUUCAUUGGCCGAUAUGUUCUACUGGCUUUUCUCAGUAUUUUCUUCCUUGGAAGCCUCUUCCUGUUACUAAUUUAUCACCUUUUGGAGCCAAUCUAUGCCAAACCACUUCGGUCAUACUGAAGACUAUUCAAAGAAACCAUAAAUACUAGUUGAACAGAGCUGCUGCAUGGGCAGCUUCCAUUUCUUGGAUCUGGCAUGAAUUCCAUGAAUAUUGGGAUUCAUCGAAGGAGUUAUGUAAUUAUGCCUGUGGGGAUAGAUUCUCCCUGAGAAAUGGUGAUAUCCUCAUAAUCACCUUAUAUAACUACACAUCACUUCCCUUUUUUAUACCUCAAUUUUUCACUUAAUUAGAAUCAGAAACAUGAGGAUAACUAUUUUGGAGACUUAAAUUAGACAGGAUAAAAUGGAAUGAUUUACAGGAAGAAAAUGUUUGCUUAUAGCUGGUAGAGGCCAAAAAUUAGGUACUUUAUGAUGAUCUAGGAAACUACUUCGCUUGAAAAUGCACUUCGAUAUAAAGUGUUACUUUCAUAUUU